AUGCAGUCUGGAAUCUCUGCUUCGCAAGAGCUCAAGUCGGCUCUCGGCUCCCUCAUCACCUCGACCUCGCAACGCGGCCUCCUCGCCACUAUCGAAAACGAGGCCAUUGUACCGGCUGGAACCAUUCCAGCGUCUUCGACCUUUACCUCUGAUCUCUCCGCACUCCAAGCCCACCUCCAACCCAAUGCCGCCCUCUACAUUCUCCUCCGCCGCGCAGAUUCCCUCUCUUCUUCAGACAAGAGUCUGGUAGCCGUGACCUAUGUCCCCAAUGCUGCGCACGUUCGCCAGAAAAUGCUCUUUGCGUCCACACGCCUCACACUGGUCCGCGAACUUGGUGGAGAACACUUUGCAGAGAGCGUCUUCACCACAGAAGCCUCUGAGCUUACAAGCGAAGGCUGGGAAAAGCAUGUCAAGCACGAAGAACUCGCCAAUCCAUUGACGGCCGAGGAGCAGAGUCUGCAGGAUAUCAAGGAGGCAGAGGCACUGGAGAGCAGAGGUACACGGGGCCAGGGUCUCGCACAAGCAAGUAAGCUUGCACUCCGUAGCGAUGCGGCCGUGAGUGAUGCUCUCAAAGCAUUGGGCCAAGGUACAGGACACAACUUUGUACAGCUACGCAUGGAUCCCACCACCGAGACGCUCACUCUCGUCUCGAGCACGACUGCAACCCCCUCAUCCCUAGCGUCGGCGAUUGACGGUCAAGAACCACGUUACGCCUUUUACCGCCACAAUGACGCGGCUUCAUCCAUUGUCUUCAUAUCGACGUGUCCAAGUGGUGCCAAGAUCAGGGAGCGCAUGAUUUAUGCGGCGAGUCGGGGGAACGUGGUUAGUCUUGCGCAACAGGAGGGCGGGCUGACGGUGGUGAAGAAGUUGGAGGCGACGAACCCAGAUGAGGUUACCGAGGAGAUUGUAUUGGAGGAAUUCAAAGUCGAGGACAAGGCGGAGAGCAAGGGGUUUGCAAAGCCAAAGAGGCCGGGAAGGAGGUAG